AGUCGUCAUUUUAAUAACAUUAAGAAAAAUUUAAAAAAAAAUUUUCCGCUAAAAAAAUUAAAUUAAUAUUUUACAAGAGUGCUUUGGAUCUAUUUAAAGAAAAUAUAAUUAAAUCGUGAAAUAAAUAAAUUAUAAUUAUUUUUGAAUGAUCAUCGGAAUCAUGUCAUCUAAUAGAACAUUUCUUAUAGUUUCUUUAAUAUUUGCUAUUUUAAGUAUAGUUGGAUGUGAUAGUGAAACUGAUGAAAUUUCAUUUAAUUUCAAACCAUGUGAAGAAAAUAAUUUAGAUGAAUGUUUUAGAAAUAUUAUGGAACUUUCAUUAUUAGAAUAUAAGAAUGGAAAUGAAGCACUUGGUAUACCACCACUUGAACCAUUAGAAGUAUCAAAACAAAAAGGUAAUUAUUCUGGUGUAAAUGGUAUUGAAGUUUCAAUCGUUGUUGAAAAUACUAAAAUUUAUGGUUUAACUGAUGUUAAAAUUGAAAAAAUGCGUACAUCAAUUAAUGAAAAAGGAUUAAGAGCUGUUAUGGAAGUAUAUUUACCAAGAGUUGAGGCAACUGGAAAUUAUAAAGCAAAUAUAAAAUUAAAUGAUUUUAAAAUUCGUCCAAAAGGAAUAUUUAAUGUUAUUAUUAGUGAUUCUCAUAAUAUUAAUAAAGUUACAGCUGAAUUCGAGAAUAUUGAUGGUAAAAAAUUUUUAAAUAUUAAAAAUGUUACAAUUGAUCCAACAAUUGGUGAAAUAAAAUUCAAUGCGACUGGAAUUUUUGAUGAUCCUGCAUUAAAUGAAGUUGCAGUACAAUUAGCAAAUCGUUAUUUACCAAAUUUUUAUAAAUUAAUUAUACAAGAAUCACAAUUUGUAUGGGAACCAUUAAUUGUAGCAGCAUCAAAUAAUUUCUUUAAAAGAGUUUCAUUUGAUAAAUUUUUUAUAUCAGAAUCGAAAAAUUAAUUCGCGACAUUAAUUGUACAAAUAACAAAAACUAUUGUGAUAUUGUAACUAA